AUGUCCAAGAGCUGCGUCAUGGCCGCAUCCAGAGACUUUUAUGAUGAGCAGCCACUACACAGUCCCCGUCCCAGCAGAGUGCGUCGCAUUCCCGGACAUCUGGAGGACUAUGAGGUUGGCUUUUCAUUCCAACGUCCACCACAAAGCCCCGAGAGCUGGUCAACUUCAUCCUCUCAUGAUGAUGAUGAAGACAGAAUUCAGCAUUUGGCGUCAGCUUAUCAGGCACUCGGUCGACAAAUGAGGGAACUUCAGACGGAAAUGAGCAACGUUCGGCUGACACAAAGCGCCCAACCUGCCAAGCAUAGAUAUGCCCAGGAACAGCAGUACAGCAGCAUGCCACAGCUCCAGCCUCUUCAGUCAUGGCAUGCAUCAGAAACGUUCAGGGCAUUCUUCCCCCAUAGUACCUUUGUCACCCAUAGCUCCUGUGCAGCAUCCUCCCCCGACAGGGCAAGCUAG